AUCAAAAAUCACUUAAGUGACUUCUCAUUUGGUUCCUCUUCAUUCCCUAAUAAUCUUGUGUAUUUCCUUUGUCCAGUCCGUUAAUGCAUCUUAUACUGACACUAUUUGCAAUCUAAAUCUUCCCUGUGACACUUCUGUUGUGUUUUGUACAUAAUUAAAUGCAAAUUAGAUUACAGUUGUUAGAUAAGUUAAGCCAUUGUGGGAUCUCUCCUAACAUUAUAGGCUUAUAGCCUACGUUAUUUUGCCAUCUACCCAUUUGGCCAGUAUCUUCCAUUCUUCCUAAAGGAAUUCCAACUACCAGUCUCUUUUGUUUAACUUUUUUUUUUAUGUAACUAAGAGUCUACCGGAUUCGCUGUAAUCUCAUUAAUUACUUAAUGCAUUUUAUCAAACAAUCUGAACUACCAGUUACAACAUGUGAAAUACGAAAACAUAAAAUAAUAAUUUUAAACCAUGUCAAAUAUAAUAUAUAUGACUUAUGAGCUUGUCCUAUAAAUAUAAAGCACCAUGCUUCGCAAACCACACACGUAAACGAAUCUAGAGAGAGCAUUCACAUAUAGCCUUUUAUUUGAAAAAUGAGGUUUUUUAAGGCUCUCAUCCUCAUUCCUAUUGCCAUAUUGGCUUUGGUAAUUUCCUUUGCUGAAGCUUAUGAUCCAAGUCCACUCCAAGAUUUCUGUGUCGCCAUUGAUGACCUAAAUGGUGUUUUUGUGAAUGGUAGGUUCUGUAAAGACCCGAUGCGAGUCAAUGCAGAAGAUUUUUUCUUCUCUGGCCUCAACGUGCCUGGGAACACCAGUAAUCAAGUUGGCUCCAAUGUGACCACGGUUAAUGUUGAUCAGAUCCCAGGGCUAAACACCAUGGGCAUAUCAUUGGUGCGCAUAGACUACGCUCCACAUGGACAAAACCCACCUCACACGCAUCCCCGUGGCUCAGAGAUCCUUGUCCUUAUCAAAGGAACAUUAUACGUCGGGUUUGUCUCUUCCAAUCAAGACAAUAACCGUUUAUUCGCUAAAGUAUUGCAUCCUGGCGACGUAUUUGUGUUCCCCAUUGGAAUGAUUCAUUUUCAGGUAAAUAUUGGGAAAGUCCCUGCCGUUGCUUUUGCAGGAUUGAGUAGUCAGAACGCUGGUGUUAUCACAAUCGCAAACGCUGUGUUCGGGUCAAAUCCUCCUAUAUAUCCAGAAGUUCUAGCCAGGGCGUUCCAGUUGGAUGAAAACAUUGUCAAAGAACUUCAGGCCAAGUUUGGUCCAUGAACUUUGAAGUCAUUAUGAGUGCUUAUCAUUGCUAUAUGCACUUAAACAAUAGUGUACAACUAAAAAUGUUAUGUCAAAUAAAAAUAAAGAAAUAGUGUUGUUUACCUGAUUAUUUUUUUAAUCUUAUAUGUUACUUCUAAAA